AUGCCGAACAACAUCCUCAUCACCGGCGGCGCAGGCUUCCUGGGCCCCAUGCUUGCCGCCAAGUUGGCACAAGAUUCCUCUAACAACAUCGUCCUGACCGAUCUCCAAACACCCCAGAGGCCAGUCGGGAUCUCAUCUUCGGCAUCCAACCUGGAGCUCACAGCUGCGGAUCUCACCUCACAAGCAGACAUCACCAAACUCCUUUCUAUGCGCCCACAAUGGUCGGCCAUCUUCCUAUUUCACGGGAUAAUGUCGGUCGGCUGCGAAGAGAACCCUGCACUCUCUACCAAAGUCAACCUAGGCGCCACGCUCUCUGUUCUCACGUCCAUCUCACAACUCCAACAAGCCUCCAAGCCCCGCAUUGUCUAUGCUUCGACCCAGGCUGUUUACGGACCACCUUAUACGGCAUCGGGUCCGAUUACAGACGAUACUCCCGCAACACCAAUAGGAGUCUAUGGCACCCACAAAGCCAUUAUGGAGUGCCACAUUAAUGAUCUUAACCGCCGUGGACUAAUCGAUGCCUUCGCCGUGCGUCUACCAACCGUGGUUGUGCGCCCGGGUGCGCCUUCGCGAUCAGCUGCAGCAUUUUUGAGCGGUAUGAUUCGAGAGCCCAUGGCCGGGCUUGAAUGUAUUGUACCCAUCAGCGACCGUUCGGCGCGCCAGAUGAUAUGUUCGCCUCGCGUCAUGAUUGAGAAUUUUGUGCGCGUAAUGAAGGCUCCCGCGGAUGCUAUGCCGGCGCAUAUACGCGCAGUGUACAUGCCGGGGAUAAGUGUCACGCUUGGAGAGAUGUACGCAGCGUUCGAGGCAGUAUGCGGGAAGGAUAGACUUGGGCUGUUGAGGGAGGAAAUGGAUGAAGAAGCAAAGAGGUUGCUGGACAGUUGGCCGCAGACGGCGAAGUUCGGAAAUGCAACAAGGAUGGGACUGUUGUUUGACGAAAGUUGCGAGCAAAUCUAUAGAGAGUAUGCCGACAGCUUAAAGGCAAAUUAG